ACUACUCUUUGUUAUACAUAGCCAUUUUAGUUACUCUGGUUUGUUUCUCAUUCCUUUCCUCUCUCUCUCUCUCUCUCUAAUGGUUCUUCCUCUGUUUUAAAAUCUUUGACGAUCUUAAAAUUCCAAAAUUCUUCUUGAUCCGUUUCGUUUCUUUGUUUCUUCUGAUUUUGAAAAACAUAAAAUUGUGGUGUGUGCCAUUAAAUCUCUCAUUAAUGGCACAACUCCCUCCAAAAAUCCCGACCAUGACGACGCCAAAUUGGCCUGACUUCUCCUCCCAGAAACUACCUUCCAUCGCCGCAACGGCAGCAGCGGCAGCGACCGCCGGACCGCAGCAACAGAACCCUUCUUGGAUGGAUGAGUUUCUCGACUUCUCAGCGACUCGCCGUGGUACACACCGUCGCUCUAUCAGCGACUCCAUCGCUUUCCUCGAACCGCCUUCUUCCGGUGUUGGGAACCACCACUUCGACAGGUUCGACGACGAGCAGUUCAUGUCCAUGUUUAACGACGACGUGCACAGCAGCCACAAUCACCACCACCACAACAUGAACAACCUCAACGGCAAUGUGGGUGCCACACGUUCCUCCUCCAACACCUCCACGCCGUCCGAUCACAAUAGCCUUAGCGACGACGACAACAAAGAAGCACCACCGUCCGAUCACGAUCAUCACAUGGACAAUAACAACAUAGCCAACCAAAACAACCCCGCCGGUAACAAUUACAACGAAUCAGACGAGGUCCAAAGCCAGUGCAAGACGGAGCCACAGGAUGGUCCCUCGGCGAAUCAAAACUCCGGUGGCAGCUCCGGUAACCGGAUUCACGAUCCUAAAAGGGUAAAAAGAAUUUUAGCAAAUAGGCAAUCAGCACAGAGAUCAAGGGUGAGGAAACUGCAAUACAUAUCAGAGCUUGAACGGAGCGUUACUUCAUUGCAGACUGAAGUGUCAGUGUUAUCUCCAAGAGUUGCGUUUUUGGAUCACCAGCGAUUGCUUCUCAACGUCGACAACAGUGCUAUAAAGCAACGAAUCGCAGCGUUAGCCCAAGAUAAGAUUUUCAAAGACGCUCAUCAAGAAGCUUUGAAGAGAGAAAUAGAGAGGCUUCGACAAGUGUAUCAUCAGCAAAGCAUUAAGAAGAUGGAGACUAAUGUUUCCGAUCAAUCUCCAGCCGAUAUCAAACCGUCCGUUGAGAAAGAGCAGCUCCUCAAUGUCUAAAGCUGUUCUCUCAUUUAAGAUCUUAUCUCUUUAUCAUGGCGAAAGGAUUCUUGACCAUAAAAACCUCUUUGUGUCAAGAAAUUAAUUUAUCAAAGAAGACUUUUUUUUUUCUUAUUUAAUCUAAUCACAUUUUUUUUUAAGUUGUGAUGAAUUUGCUUUUGAUGUAUCUGAUUUUUUUUUCUUUUUUUUUGGUCUUAUGGAGUGGGAGGGGGAAAAGUGAGAAUGAUAUGUAAAAAGAAUUUAGCUGAUUUGUUGUUUAUUCCAUUUUUUUUGUUGGAGUGUCUAGUAUUGUGUACUAAUUGAUAUUUUCCCGAAUAUUAUUUGUUUCCAGCA